CAACACACGCGCACACUCACACACAGGGCGUCAGUCGCAGAGUGAGCUCCAACUUGAAACGUUGUGUGGCACUUUACCGAAAGCUCGCCGAUUAAAAAAAAAAAAAAAGACACGAACAUUUCACAAAAAAAUGUUGACGUUUUCAGCUCUCGUACUCGUGCUGUCGGUUUUAACGGCAUCUUCGGAGCGCGUUGUCCGCGGCAGCUGUGGAACAUGCGAUAAGGAGAAGUGCGCUCCGUUACCGGCUGAUGGCUGUGCGGUGGGUACCGUGCUGGACGGCUGCGGGUGUUGUGAGAUCUGCGGUCUCGGCGCGGGAGAGGCGUGCGGUGGCCGCGGCGCGAAUGCCAAGCGGUGCGCGUCUGGAAUGGAGUGCGUCAAGGGCGAGGACAAGAAGAGCAAGACCGGUACCUGCGUGUGCAAGGCCAACUACCCGGUGUGCGGCUCCGACGACGUGAACUACGCCACCGGCUGCGAUCUCCGCCUCGCGAGCCACGCGGCGGUGAAGGAGGGCAAAGCUGAAAUCACCCUGCAGAACAAGGGCAAAUGCGCACAAGCUCCUCAGAUUGUGACUGCUCCUGGGGAGGUGUGGAACGUGACUGGGUCUCAGGUCUACCUCACCUGCGAAGCCACCGGAGUCCCCACCCCAGUUGUCACCUGGAAAAAGAUGGUGCCUGGUAAGGGUCGUACGGAGCUGCUCCCUGGUGACCGUGACAACUUGGCCAUCCAGACGCGCGGGGGACCAGAGAAGCACGAGGUCACCGGAUGGGUCCUGAUCUCUCCGCUCUCUAAAGAGGAGGCUGGUGUGUACGAGUGCCAUGCCAACAACAUUAAGGGCGAGGCCUCCGCUUCCGGAACCAUCCACGUAGUCGACUCACUUGAGGACAUCCCUGCACAGAAAGUGGGCAAAGAUGACGAGGAGCUGUGAUGAGGUGCUCAGGAGCGGCCGUCGCCAUCAGAUCACACACAAACACACACACACACACACACGAGCAA